CCGGCUCUGGCAGUCCACGCCUCCGCGCUCAUACAGCGUUGUUGGAGUAACGUGAACAAUAACUGAACUAUUGAAGCGGAGAAGCAGAAGGUUGUGUCGUGGCAGUCCACGCCUUCGCGCUCAUACAGUGUGUUUGGAGGAGCAGAAAGAAGAGCUGAACUAUUGAAGAAAUGAUUGACACCAUGUUUCAAGUCUACCCUUGUUGCUAGCGUCCAAUUUGUUAAGCUGCAGAAACAGAAUUAUAUAAGAAUAUGGUUUCCGGGAGAAGCUCCUGUACUCAGCAAACGUCAUCUGGCACCCUCCACAUGAACAUGUCUCAGAAACUAACAAAGACACAUAGCAAAGCGAGAAAUCACUGCUGCACAGAGUGUGGAAAAAGUUUUAGUCGUCAGAGUAAUCUCCAGCGACACCAGCGCAUUCACACAGGAGAGAAGCCGUAUCAAUGCUUAGACUGUGGCAAAAGUUUUAAUGUACACAGUCAUCUUCAACGACACCAGCUUAUUCACACAGGCUUUAAACCAUAUCACUGCUUGGAGUGUGGGAAAAGUUUUAAUAAACAGAGUAAUCUCCAACAACACCAGCUCAUUCACACAGGAGAAAAGCCAUAUCACUGCUCAGAGUGUGGGAAGAGGUUCAGUCAGCAGAUCAUUCUCCAACGACACCAGCGCAUUCACACAGGAGAGAAACCGUAUCACUGCUCAGAGUGUGGGAAGAGUUUUACUGUACAGAGUACUCUCCAACGACACCAGCGCAUUCACACGGGAGAGAAGCCGUAUCGCUGCUCAGAGUGUGGGAAGAGUUUUAAUCAACAGAUUGGUCUCCAAAAACACCAGCGCAUUCACACAGGAGAGAAGCCGUAUCACUGCUCAGAGUGUGGGAGGAAAUUUACUGUACAGAGUACUCUACUAAAACACCAGCGCAUUCACACGGGAGAGAAACCGUAUUACUGUUCAGAGUGUGGGAAGAGCUUCCGGCAUUCAAAGACUGCGAAGACACACAAGUGCACGAAGAGCAGUGGUUGAAAUAUGCAUAACGGAGUGUAAUCAUAACACCGUGCCCGGAGUCUGGAGAAAACUGCUUACAUCUCAGAUUCAAGUAAAAGCUGUGUUCAGACACCUUGAAAUUUACCACCUUUUCCUACCUGUCUUGGAAACCAUAUUUGUGACACCGUCUGACACUGUCUGAAUACCAGGGGAGACAAGAGAAGCUUCUCCAAACACGUGUCAAAUCAGCUUUCAUCAGAGGACUAAUGUGUGUAAGUUACCCAGGGGGUCUUCUAAAGAUUUCCAAGUGAAAUUACUGCAUGCACACCUAGAGAGAACAGACAUGGAGCAACCCAAUUAUAUUACAUUUCUGUAUUAUUUUUGUGUUUACAUAUUUUCUGUGUUAUGCAUGUUGUACUUAUAGAACAAAAAAAAAGUUGUUCAAAAAAUACACAAUUGUGAAAUGAGUUGGCUCUGUGUAGCAGCCGUGAUUAGACACCAGAGUAUUAGGGGUGUGCUUUCAAGUGAGUGUUGUGAUAUACUCAACUCAUCAGUAGUCGAGUUUAAAUGUAAUUAUGUUGAAAAGAAUCAGCUCUCCCAUUUCCCUGA